GUGGGAGAAGGGUAGAACAUGCUUCCUGCUUCUUCUCUUGUGUUUAAAUGUAAGAGUGUGUGGCUUCUUUGGAAAUGGAUGGGUUCUAAAUAUCGCGAGAUUUGACACAAGAGCAUCACCGAGGAGCCGCAGCGGGAGAAGGAGGUCAGCAGGAAAGGACCACCGAGGCUCGGCAUGCCGCUUUCGCCUUUCCCGCUCAAAGAGCUGCUCUGCUGCGGUUUUCCUCAUGAUUUUAACGAAAGAAAAGUCAAAUAAAUUGUCUGUCACUUAAACGGAGCGGAAGGAGAUGGUUUUGUGGGUCUGCUGCGCGCUGCUGCUGCUGCAUGUCCAGUUGGUGAGGGACGUUGGAGCUCAAGUAGAGAAUGGACCACAAUCAGCCACCUAUCAGCUGCUGCUAUCAGCAAGGACGGGCACCCUCACUGUGACACUUCAGGAGAAGCUGCAGCACUUAUGCAAUUGGCCCUAAGAGGCUGGGAGUUUGUUUCUUUCACGGGCUUUUGAGGAGGAAGGAUCGGGUAACUUUCCUGCCGGGGACAUUCCAGAACGUGAGCAUCUCGCAGAAUGAGACGGUGCAGGCCGUGGUGUCCAGGAUCCUCCCGGAGGUGGCCUUCAUCACGCUGCAGUUCCACACGCAGCACCGCAACGCCACGCUCUCCUACAGCAGGGUGCCGGAUCAGAGCAGCUCUCUGACCGGGGUGGACUCGGGGCUCCUGUCAGCUCUGGAGCCGAGCCAGACCACGCUGUCCUUGUUCCUGUCCUCCCCCGACAGCGAGGCCAUGGCGGGCACCGGCGUCAUCCUCCUCUACUCCGGCUCUGAUCCAGUUCCUGGAGCCUGUAACUCAGAGUUCAGCCUGGAGGUGGACCCAAAUGUCUACAUACAUUACAACCUCUACGAGACCACCGUCCGCUUCGCGCCGGCCAACCUAGGAUACGAGAGAGGUCAGACUCCUCCGGCCUGCGAUGAGUCGACGGACACCAACACUCGCUGGCGGCUGCAGUACGACGUCUACCAGUACUUCCUGCCAGAGAACGACCUGUCGGAGAGCAGCCUGUUUUCCGGGCUUCAGGCUGUGGCGGAUGUCCAACAGAUGACAGCAAUCGGCAAACGGGUCAUGACCCUGCUGUCCACAGACAAGUCCACGUCCGUGUUCAACUCCAUCCCCGGUCAGGGCGUCAUCUACUCGGUGAUCGUCAGGGACCCGCUGCUGAACACCUCCUCCUCCUACGUUCCCGCCCACACCUACGCCUGCAGCUUCACCUCCACCCUGGACGGCUGUCAGACGCUCGGGAAGGUCUCCACUAAGGUCUUCUUCACCAUCAGCGGCCUGGCCGGCCUGUUCGUCUGCUUCUUUGGACAUCGCUUCUUCAAAUGUGAACUCUUCUGCAUGGGCUUCAGCUUCUCCGCGUUCUUCUUCUUCGUCCUCAUCACCAGAACCACCGACCUCCACUACGACGAGCGCCUGGCGGUGUCGGCCGUGCUGGGCGUGGUGGGCGGAGUCCUCCUGGUGAUGAGCUGGUGGCGCUUCGGCUCGGUCAUGGCGUGCGUGGUGGUGGUGGGCCUCAUGCUGGGCUUCCUGGUGGCCUCCGUGGUCCUCUUCACGCCGUUAGGUGACCUGGACGCCUUCAGGAACUCCGACGCCGUCUUCUGGGUGACCUUCUGCUGCAUCAUGCUGGUGGUGCCACUCUUCUUCCUGCGCUGGCCCAGAGAGGGGAACAUCUGCACGUGCGGCGUGGUGGGCGCCUACGCCGUGGUUCUGGCCAUCAACGCCUACGUCUACACCAGCCUGUCCUUCAUCACGCUCAACAUCCUCAAACGGCUGCUCAACACCAACUUCAGCGCCGCCUUCACCGACGUGCCCUUCCAGACCGUCGACUACGUCCUGAUCACGGCGUGGGUGGUGCUGGGCGUGUGCGGGAUGGUGCUGCAGCUGUACCGCGAGCGCGCCCGCCCCUUCUUCCCCCCCAGCCCGUACCUGAUGUGGCAGCAGGAGCGCGAGCGCCGCAAGACCAACGUGCUGGACCCCAGCCACCACUUCCCCUCGCUGCCCAGCCGCCUGCUGGAGCGGGCGCGGCAGCUCACCAGGCGGAGGGAGCCGGCGGGGGAGCACACGCCUCUGCUGCUGUAAACCCCGCCCCCUCAGUGGGGAGGGUUGGACCCUUAGAGGGAGGAGCCUGGUUUGAUCACUCUCAUCGAGCCGCUUUUCUCCUUCACAAUCUACUGGAAUUACCCGAUGGCGAGGAGUGAUCCAACACAAGCCCCUCCCCUCCCACCGGAGGAACCAGACUGACUUUUAGGCUCCGCCUCUACAAGCAUUUGCAGAUCUCAUGUUGAUGCAAAUGAAAGCAGACACUGUUCAAAUGAAAUCAGGACAUUUCUGAGCUUUGUAAUUUAAUGUUUUGAUAUUUAAUAAACUGCCUUAAGUUUCA